AUGCUAUUGAUGUUAAUAUUUCAUAUGAUUUUUAGGUACGAGGAUUCCAGCGAUGAACGUAUCACUCCAGAGAGAAUUCGGAGGCGGAGCCGAGGCGCAAGAAGUCCUAGUCCUCCCACGCGAGCAUCUUCUCAUGCGCGUUACGUCGAGUCCAGCUCGCAUCGCGACGAAUACUUACGCACGCCACGUGACAUGCCACGAGAACGGCCCUACAGCUACAAGGUUCUCUGCGUCAGUUCCAUUCAUCCAAAGGCCAGCGACGAGAUGAUCAAGGAUACUUUGUACAGAGAAUACAAAAAGUUCGGUGACUACUCCAUUCAGAUCUCGCACGAGCCGGAUGAACGCGUCGCUUACGUAUGCUUCAGAAGCUCGGAGGACGCCCGAGACGCGAAACACGCGAAACCUCGUAUUAUCAUAUACGAUAAGAUGGCUAUAGUGGAGCCGGUGUAUGACAGGGCCGAAAGUUAUCGCCGUCCGCGAUCCAUCACGCCACCGGACUACGACAGGUACUACCCCCGGUCGCCGGGACCUACGGAUAGACACAGACCGGUCGAGAGAUACGAUCGCGUGUACGGGCCACCAGUGAAUCUGCCUCCGCAUCGGGAAAUGCGUCGCGAAACUAUCCCGCCGCCGCAUCACGAGUUUGUUCGGCCUCCGAUACAUCCUCACGGACCGCCGCAUGUUCACCCAGGACCGCCCCAUCACUACGGUCCACCUCGACACAUGAUGAUACGCCAUCCGGGGCAUGGAUUUGAACGCGUGGAGAAUAAGAAAGAUAAGUUUCCAAAUUAUCUGCAUCACGUGUCGCCCGAAGACGAUCCUCUCGCGACUCGAACCUUAUUCGCUGGUAAUCUGGAGAUUAACAUUACGGAAGAGGAGCUGCGCCGUAUUUUCAGCAAGUACGGCAUUGUCGAUGACAUUGAUAUAAAGCGUCCGCCUCCAGGUACGGGAAACGCAUACGCUUUCGUGCGCUUCCAGACGCUAGACAUGGCGCACCGAUGUAAGGUCGAAUUGUCAGGCCAAUAUAUCGGUAAGUUCCAAUGUAAGAUAGGCUAUGGCAAAGCUACUCCUACAACUCGGAUAUGGGUAGGCGGCUUAGGGCCAUGGACUUCUGUACCACAAUUGGAACGUGAGUUUGAUCGGUUCGGUGCGAUCAAAAAGAUCGACUACAUCAAAGGUGACAGCAAUGCUUAUAUACUUUACGAUUCCAUCGACGCCGCGCAAGCGGCGGUCAAGGAGAUGCGCGGUUUCCCACUCGGUGGACCGGAUCGUCGAUUGAGAGUAGAUUUUGCUGAUGUAACACCGGGCUUUGGCUUCAAACCGUCCUACAACCGGUAUGGCGAUUUCAGGCCUCGCCCAGUCGAUUAUGAAUCGCCGUACGAUCCAUAUGGACCUGAGGGAGAGUUCGGCUAUGGACCGAGAGGCUUCCGUGGUGGCAGAGGUAAUGCCUCGUGGCACGACAGAAGAGGAAGCGGUCGAGGUGGUUACAGAGGCUCUUAUCCCGAGGGUUACAUGCGCGACGAAGCCGAUUGGCCGAGUAGAAGACCACCGCCGGAAUUAGAGUACGAAGCUCCGCGUGGACUCCGAAGAUCGUUGUCGCGCGAACCAGGAGUGGAUAGAUCGAGAUCGCGUUCACCACGCAGACGACAAAUGGAUUCGGAUUCGGAUUCUGAGAACACUCGCAGUGGUAUGUUAUCGACGUCUCGCACGUUGCCGGACGUUGCGCGCAAAUCUAUCGCCGUUUGGCAAGGCGCACUGAUACUCAAGAACUCGCUGUUCCCGGCCAAGUUCCAUCUAACUGACGGCGAGACGGAGAUAAUUGAUUCCCUCAUGAAAGAUGAGGAGGGUAAGCAUAUGUUACGAAUAACGCAGCGGCUGCGCCUCGAUCAGCCGAAAUUGGACGAUGUAUCUAAACGAAUCCAGACGUCGAGCUCGCAUGCCAUUUUUCUUGGUCUGGCUGGCUCGAGCACUGCGAUCACGAAUGACGAUGCUAACGUGCAGACACGGCCGCUACGCAAUCUUGUUUCUUAUUUGAAACAGAAGGAAGCUGCUGGUGUGAUAUCGCUGUUGAACAAAGACACGGAGGGUACCGGUGUUCUCUACGCCUUUCCACCUUGUGCGUUUUCGACGGAACUUUUGAAACGCACGUGCCCUAGUUUAAGCGAGGAGAGUCUUAAGGAGGACCACUUGGUAAUUGUAGUGGUUAAAGGGGGUAGCGCCUAAAAAGAAAAACCUUUAAUGUCUGGUCUCGUGUGUGUAUGUAUGAUUUUAUAUUAUCGUAAGUGCAAAGAUUCUUUAAAUAAUGUACAGAACAUGAAAAGAAGAAUUUGUGUUUUUUGGUCGAUUUAAGUAUUUUACUUUUUAUCGAUGCUUCCACACAGAUGUGACGGGAUUUAAUCUUAUAUGAUCGUAGGAGAGCUAAUAAUUUGAUACUCUACUUUACACAUGAAUGUAUACUGCAUUGACUCGAAAGGUCGGGAAUAUUAACAAGUUUAUUUCAUAAUUAGAUGUUUGAAAAUUCGCGACGUCUGACAUUCGAUUCGAGCUUACCAGUGGACUAGAGUUCUAUCUAGGAAUCUCUCUAUAUCACUUGAGUAAAACCUCAUCGAAAUUCGACGAUGCGAAUCUUUAUCGCAUUAUCAUGAGAUCUCUCUUCAAUCUUGUAUAAUUAAUUAAGCUCAACGCUAGAUGAAUGACUCGAUUUUGAAAUAUUACUGAAGAGAAUAAUUUUUUUGUACAAUAUAAUCUU